AUGGAAUCCAUCACCAUAUGGGAGAUAGUAUGGAUGUCAGCAGCUUCGAUCCUGGCAUGGCCCUGCAUCUAUCUUUACCACGGCGCAGGCAGGCAUUAUCGAAGAGCAGCUCGACUUAUCGAAAUUCAGCUCACCCACAACAAGACAUGGCGAGCCGAAAGAGACAAACGAGAGGCAGCAAACCAGCGACAUUUGUUCAUGAAGCUGCCCGGAGAACUUCGAAACCGUAUCUACGGUCUCAGCAUGGUGUCAGAUGUGGUGCUGGACCCCGUCUGGGGUUGUAUCUACGAUUUCAGUGGAGGGGGAGGGAGCGAGAACGAACACUUUCUCAAAGGACCGACAGAAUAUCCUCGAUACCGCAGUCAGCUGUACCAGAAGCAGUACGGUUUUGAGCCGAACGGAAUGACCGCUGCCCGAAUGGCAAACAUGAGUCAAGUCUGUAACGCUUGGAGGGAAGAGUCGCUGAAAUAUUACUAUGGAAGCAAUGUUUUCAAAUUUCCAAUGGGAAAGCAUAUUCACGAGCGCAAAGGCCGGACGGAUGUCCGAUCAACUGCGGAAAGGAUAUUCUAUACAAGGUGGCUUUUCAAGUUUCCGAAGGAAGCGUUCUCGGUCUUGAGGCUUGUUUUGCAGGACUAUCGUCCUUGUCCACAUCCCCUCAACGAGAUGUCCGACCAAAGACAGUCCUUGGGAAGAGUCAAACGCCGUUUCAAGGAGGGAACAUGCAUGAUUUUUCUUGACUUCCGACGAAAACGAGUCUUCCCCGUACAAGGUGUCUCUAAGCACGAUAGUGUGGACCUAUGGCAUUGCCAGAUCUGCUGGAGGAGGUUCACAAGCGCUGUUCAAAGUCUUAAUGACGCCGAGGAAGUGACUGAGGCUUUCGAGAGCUUUCAGACAAAUCAGGACGCCAAGACUGCUAUUAAGAUUAUUGACACACUGAGGUCGAACAUUGAAGUUUGA